AUGGGCAACUGCUUUGUUAGGCCAAAACUUAAGAAAGUUGAACAUGUUAUGAAUCCUUACGCUUCUAAUUCCAAACUUAUGCAACCUCCCAACAACGUUGUCCUUCCCCCUAGAGGAUUCUCUGCCCCAGGUAUUGCAUUUCCUGACCAACGUAGUCAUCCUUUACCUAUGCCAACUCCAGCAGCGCAAACUUCAACAGAUAAGAAGAGAAGUGGAGUUUUACCAAAUCCGCCAACUCUAGCACCUCAAACUUCAACAGAGAAGAAGAGAAGCGUAGUUUUACCAAAUCUGCCAACUGAGAGUCAAAUUUUGGCAUCUCCCGGUCUAAAAUCAUUUUUGUAUACUGAACUUUGUAAGGCCACUCAAGACUUCUGUCCCGAAAAUCUCGUGGGUGAAGGUGGCUUCGGUUGUGUUUACAAAGGAUGGCUCGCAGAAGAUACCCUUAAUGCUGCAACACCUGGUUUAGGCAUGGCUGUUGCAGUAAAGAAGCUUACACCCCAGGGGUUUCAAGGCCACAAGGAGUGGUUGUCUGAAGUAAAUCAUCUUGGCCGACUUCAUCACGCUAAUCUAGUCAAGCUUAUUGGGUUCUGCUUGAAAGGCGAAAACAGGCUACUAGUGUAUGAGUACAUGCCCAAACAUAGCCUGGAAAAUCAUUUAUUCAAAAGGUGCAGACAACCUCUCUCGUGGGAAACAAGGGUGAAGAUUGCUGUAGGUGCUGCUCGGGGCCUCUAUUUUUUGCAUAAUUCUGAACCGCCAAUCAUAUAUCGUGAUUUCAAAGCUUCUAAUAUUCUAUUAGAUUCGGAAUUUAAUGCAAAGCUUUCAGAUUUUGGCUUGGCAAAACAUGGUCCAACAGGAGAUCAGACGCAUGUUACUACGAGAGUCAUGGGAACUGAAGGUUAUGCUGCUCCAGAAUAUCUUAGAACAGGCCGAUUGAAUGUCAAAUGUGAUGUUUACAGCUUUGGAGUGGUACUUUUUGAGCUGCUUACUGGUCGAAUUGCUGUUGAUUAUAGAAGAGCUAAAGAGGAGCAGAAUUUGGUUAAAUGGGUAAGGCCUCACCUGCGUGACAAACGUACAAUAGCCAGGAUCAUGGACAGCAGGUUAGAGGGUCAGUAUCCCAGGAAAGGAGCUUAUGUUGCUGCUACUAUUGCAUUAUAUUGUGUGAAUCCGGAGCACAAAUAUCGGCCGCCUAUGGCAGAAGUCUUAGAGUAUUUGGAACACCUCCAAUCACCAAAGUUUCAGAAGUUACCCACUUCGUCAGAUUCAAUGCAACAAAUGCAGUCAAGUUCAAUAUCCAGAUCUCCGCCGCCUGCACUUCACCUUUCACCUCCAAAUUGGUCACCUGUUAAUCGAUCACCACGUGGAUCUUGUAGACCACUUCCUCUAAAAUCCCCACACCGCUCUCGAUUUUCAACUUUCCUGGAAUCAUGA